AACGGUGUUUUCGAACAGCAUAUACGAUAGAUAAAAAGUUGAUCGAGUUGAAGCAUUUUCUUCGACGUCUGUCAGAGAUCUUGUAUGUAAUGUGAAUAGUUUUGCCUUGUCUCCCUGCGGACCGAAUAGUGUGUAUCGAUUUAUUCAUCAAAAUAAUAUCUCCAUCGAACGGGCCUGUGAGAACCAGUCGUCAGUCACAGCCAGUAGUGAAGAAGGCCAGCCUAUAGUGAUCUAUACGUAUCUGCCUGCCAGCGUGUGCCCGUUGUGACGACUAGCGAGAUUAGUUUAAUUCCGCUGGUUUGGCCAAGUGGUGUGUAGUACACAGGCCUUGUCUGCCGGUGUCUCGUCCAAACUUUUUCCUCUCGUCGUGCGUUUUUUUUUCUCGAUCUGCUUUCGUUCCGAACCGCAACUGGCCGCGGGUCCUCCCUGUGUUUUGUGCUUGAAGAAAUGUGAUUUCUAUAAUUCAGCGAGCGACAGCUGGGUAUGCUAAAUCAAUUAGAGGCAGAAAUUUCGCUGGUGGAGAUGAAGAUUGGCGAAAGAGAAGAGACAUCCGCCAGUUGAAGAGUGCGCAUGGUGCUGUCUGUCUGUGCUGCGAAGGAACACAGCAGAGGAGUAAGCGCAUAGUUUCGCGUUUAUGAUUGAUUAGUGAGUCGUGAGUGUUGUUUGUUUACAAAAUUUUUCACUUGAUCCGAACGCGAACGCGAACAGUAAUAGCGACUAAUAACCUCCGUACGGCGGCAGCGUAGAAUGGUGGAGACCGUCGUCACGAUCGGCAAUGAUGAAGUGUGAAAAAAUGACGUGCACCCAUAAUACCUUAGUCGCAGGAAAGCAAUAAAAAGUAAGGGAUGAUUCGCUUCUGCCCGGCUAGAUCGAAAUAAAAGCUCUGACGAAUCCCCCGGCGCGCCCCGUCGAUCAUCCACCUGAGUAGAACAAGAAGAAGGUGAACAAUUAACGAAACAUUCGGUACUUGAUCACGGUUGGUGAGAUUUCCUGGUGUACUAAACGAUAAUUGUGAGUAGUUAGUAGUGGCCGCCUGAUGCAAAAUCAUAAAUUCAAACGCUGGUGACACUUUUCGUCCAAUAGACAUUUGAAUAGUAGGCCGUAAGUAGGCCAUAAUAUCACUGAGAGUAGAUUGAUUUGAUACUGAAAAUUUCGUUGCUGCCGCGGACGCCGAAAUCAACCAGAAGAUUUUCGUCGCUAUUGCCGAACAGUGCUGCUAGAAAAAUUGUUCGUCGGUGCCGUAUACCCAGUGAUCGUUAAAGUGAUAGUUUAUGGAGGUGUAUUCGAUGUAGUGUGCAAGAUAGGCCCAGUCGUAAACCAACAAGCCAUUCAGCCCAACAUGAUUGCUGUCAGUGUAAAAAUGUCGCUAGGUUUAGUAUUAUUCAGUGUGAUUUUCUUGUCGUCCAUUAGUAGACUGGCUGCAGCUGAUUCAGUGUUAUUUGGCAUUAGAGAGCCUUGCAUGAACGAAGGUGAAGAGGUCAAAAUCGACAUGGCUUGCUUCAAAUGCAUUUGUAAGAACGGUUUCGUGGAGUGCGAGCAGGAAAGUUGUCCCGCAGUGGACGACUGCUAUUUCUAUAAUAAGAAAACGCCGGGGAGAUGCUGUGAUAGAUGUAUAGGUUGUUUACACAAAGGUCAAAUGAUCGACAGUGGCACGGAAUGGACAGAUCCGGACAAUCCGUGCGAUCAUUUCAAGUGCGUCUCCGGCGUCAUAACUCGAUCGCAAAUAAAAUGCUACACUCCUUGUGCGAACCCACUGCUACCGAAAAACGGCCAGUGCUGCCCGGUAUGCUUAGGCUGCCAGCUUAACGGCCAGCAAGUGACAGGAGAAGCUACGCUGAGCGAAGACCCGUGUGUCAAAUGCACCUGCGAUGGACAAAAAUUGACCUGCCAGAAAAAAUCCUGUCCAGUGUUGCAAUGUCCCGCCUCGAAGCAGAUUCGCUAUCCGGGAGAAUGCUGUGCCCGCUGCAAGGAGCGAAGGGAGGAAGUCAAACGGAACCUACAAACGCACUGCAUCAUCGGAAAGGCCGUCCACCUGCACGGUAAAACCUACCCAGCGGAUCAAUGCGCAACCUGCGAGUGCCGCAAUGGAACUUCCUACUGCGAGAAAAAUACCUGCCCGCUGCUGGAAUGCGCUGUUGAGGAUCAGACGCAAGGGCUUGCCGAUUGCUGUCCGUCCUGUCCGAUGCAAGCCGAGGUUAAAUCCACAUGCAGCGUCAGGGGGAAAGUGUACCAGAACGGGGAAACCUGGAGCCUUAGUGCGUGCGCUUCAUGCGAAUGUCGUUCUGGAGAGGUGCGCUGUGCUAAAAUUCAGUGCCCCAAGCCAAAGUGUAAACCCAACGAAACUUUGGUUACUCCGAAGGAGGAAUGUUGUCCCAAGUGCGUCGAGAGUCCCGGUGUCUGUACUGUGUUUGGCGAUCCGCACUAUAAAACGUUUGACGGAAACUUCUACAGCUUCCAAGGAUCCUGUAAGUAUCGUUUAACGGGUGACUGUAAAGACCACACUUUCUCGAUUAGAGUUACUAAUGAUGCACGGCUAACCAAGUCGUCGUCAUGGACCAAAACCGUUACUUUGAAAUUGGCCAACAUUAAGGUGAAUCUCGGCCAAAAAAUGCGGAUAAAAGUAAACGGGACAAAGAUUGAUCUACCGUACAAACUGGAAAAUAUGCUGGACGUCUAUAAAAGUGAGGAAGGCACAGAGGUGAUUGUUGCUACCGAAUUAGGCAUUAAACUUACCUGGGAUGGAAAUAACUUUAUACAGGUUGAAGUUCCUACUAUUUAUAAAAAUAAACUAUGCGGAUUAUGUGGGAAUUACAAUGGCGUAUUUCGAGAUGAUCUGGUUUCCAGAACCGGUGUCAACAUGACAGAUAACGUAUGGAAGUUUGCGCAGUCUUGGGCUGUUGGUGGGGAGAAAGUAUGUACACGACCGAGGAAGAAAGAGCUCGCUGCCAAAAACGCUCAAUGCAAAACAAAGAAAUUUUUCACUUUCUGCAAAAUCCUAAAAACCGACGUGUUUGGAAGCUGCAACUCUCAACUGAAUCCGGAGCAUUACUUCGAAUCGUGUAAGUUCGAUAUGUGCGAGUGCCCGCACAAGCAGUGCUACUGUGACAGUUUAGCGGCCUAUGCACACGAGUGCCAACGGCAGGGCAUCCGAUUGCCCAACUGGAGGCGGGAAACUAACUGCUAUCCGAACGCAACCAAUGCUCUCAUCUCGCCGCAUCACCAUCUACUGAUGCAACAGCAGCCGCAACUGCGCGGCCGACAGCAGAACAAAAAUGCAAUUGUCCGGCCCAGCCAGCGACAUCGGAAGAAGCAACGAAGGCCCAAACUGCUCGCGGAUCCGGUCAGCCGAAAAGCGCCACCCCCGUUGUAUUCAUAGAUGGUUCAAGCAACAUGACCAACAGGUAGAGACUACGCGCAGGUAUCGCGUGAGUAAAACAGUGAAACGAAUUGUGACUGUGAAAACGUGUGAGUUUUACAACAGAAUGGAAUCAAGUCAAUGAGAGAUCGAAUGAUUGCGAGACCAUUUUGAACCGCAGUUGCAAUCUAGGAAAAACGCUUUUUGUUCUUAAUAAUUCUGAUAAGUUUGUAUCAGCGAUUUUAACUUAAUUAUUCCCACGCGUAACUUAUUGCUUUUGACUAGCCUAGGUGGUUAAGACAAAAAAAAAACUACAGUAGUACAGUUUAGUUGUAUUUGUUUUGACAAUUGAAUGCCAAAAGAAGUGAAGCAAAGCGAACGAAACUCACUACUAGCCCGUACAAAUACAAAAACGUUCUCGUUUUGUAAAUAUAGCUUUAGUUUGCUAGGCGAAAAUCUCAUCCUAUUUGCGGGGAUUAUCGACUUUACUUUGUACAUUUGUUUCAUUUGUAGCUAGUGCGGUUUUUAUUCACCUACCUUUACGUUAAGUGUACAGAUUUUUUAAUUAUUAGAUGUUGCUAAAUUUCAUCAGUAUUUAUUAUUCACCGAACAACGUAGCGUUUAGGUUUAGCUUUAGCCAUUGCCUCUGAAUAUACUUAAAAACGGAAAACAUGGAAACUUAUUUAAUGCGUGCAGUCGGGCAAGUAACGUACCGAAGAAAAUGUUUGGUGGAAUUAUUUUGGAGUUCAGGAACGUACCCAUCUCGUGUGACACGUUCAGAACUUUUUGACGUUUCAGAUUGCAGUUGACUGAAAAAAAGCUUUACGGUUCAACCAGAUGCAAAAAAAAACUUGUAUCGUGUUUGUUAGACAUAGUUAUAAUUGAAAUAGUCAUCAGAAUCUGUGGUGUAAAGAACCAUGUAACUCCAUUGUUUCUGCAAAUUACAUAUUUAAGAGGGCGUAUUUUUUAAAUAUUAUUUACUACUAUCUCCAAUCUGUAAGUGGAGUGGUUCUUCUGUAAAUUUCCAGCAUUUUUUCUAGAAAACUCAGCAUCGGUUCAUCGUUUCCGCGCAUUGAACUACCUUUGGGUUACAAAUUACUGUGCGCCCGCUUCAUGGUUCCAAUUAAAUAACCGUCAACCAGGAGGCUACGCUUGCAUGAAUAUCUUCAACACCGGUUAAUAUUCUAUUCGUUAUAAGAGUUACUUGACCCUAUGAAAUAUUAUCAAAAGUACCGGUGGAAAAGGAACAGUUACAUUUUGUCAAAUCAAAUUGUAAAUUUACUGUAGCCUGCAGCCUUGGAAAAAUUAUGUUUUCGCUGGCGAAAAUCAUAUGAUUAAUGAAUUCAUUUGAUGUACUCACAAAAAUACAAAUAUUCUAUGUAAAUCUGCUAUUACGAUGGUUUUGCAGAUACAGGUAUUCAGGCGUUUGCACUUGAAUGAAUGCAUGCACAUGAAAAUCUUAUUUGGAAGUGAAGUGCACAGUAUUUUGUGGUGGAAGCAUUUUCAACUUAAUAAUAAGCCUUCUAUGAAACAAAAAUUUGAAUUCAAGACACCUCACUAUAAUAUAUUUCAAGUGAAUUAGAUUUUUUCCACUAUCUAAUUUAGUAUGAUAACCAGGUUUCUCGCCGGUCACAAGUCGACACUUCACAAAAACUAAACAGAAUAUACGGACUGACAGUUUCAGCUUUAAAAAAUUAACUUAUCUUGGUGCAAAGUCAAUUAAGAUUUCACCUGCAUAAGAAUGUUCCGCAAACAUACUACUAGGCUCAUGGUGUCUCCAUUUCGUUGAGUGUCCAACACUUUCUAGGUUUUACUCUACUAUACCAACCAACCGGAUUCGAGGUGAUCUGUGAUCUCCUUCAAACACCGUUCACACAUACCCCAGCAAAGAUGGUCUAAACCACGGCCAGUGCUUGUUAGUCCUGGUUGAGCAUUGUCCACGGCUUGUACCCGUAGAGGAUUAAAGCAGUAGGGGGGUGAAGCUUAGCAGACUUUAUGGUCUUCUAGAGUCUGUAGUAAGCACGACUUCCGUCAAGAAUACACCUGCGUAUUUCUCUGCUGCAGUUGUUAUUUAUCGACCCGAAGCAUACAAAUUGGUCUAUCACCUCGUCUCCGUCGAUUACAAUACCAUUACCUAUGUGUAAACAUUCCUCCUUGAUCGCGCUCGGUUCUUCCUGCACACAGUUACCUACUAGGUUUUAGACGUAUGCACCAUUAAUCUACUCUUCUCUGAUUUCGUCCAUCAUUUUCCAUAGCACGGUCGAUAGUAUCAUAGGCGACCUUGAAAUCUACUCGCGACACAUUUAGAGGUUUGGUCCGUUGUUUAUCGCCCGAUCACAGAACGGUCUUGAUAACGUUCCACAAAUCUACUUAAGAAAACAGACGGCGAAAUUUGAUCUGAGAAAGCAGAAAGUUUGCACAUUCCACAUUCCAACUUGUCGCCCUUCUUACGUAUUGGGCAGUUUACACCUUCCUUCCAGUCGUCCGGUAUCUGUUCCGUUUCCCAGAUUCUCUCUAUCAGCCGGUGUCUGCAGACAGCUAGCCAAGCAAUCCGGUCCAUCUUGAUAAACUCUGCUGCCAUACCGUGUUUGCCAGCUACUUUGUUGCUUUUGAGCAGCUUGAUGACUGCGAUUACUUCAAUGGAGUCGGCAUAUCUGUAUCAUCCGCCGUACUGAUGUAGCCAUUCCCCCUGCUGUUUUGGUGGUCCGCCCCUGCGCUAUCCAGGUGCUGCUUCCACCUUUCGAUCAUCUCACAUUCAUCCGACAAGACCCUUUAUCCGGGCAUAUUUCGGCUUACAGCACAAAGCCUUUGCGGGAUACGUUCAGUUUCUUGUAAAAUUUACGCGUUUCUUGAGAACGAUACAGCUGUUCCAUGUCCUCGCCCUCCACUUCUUCCAGACGGCACUUCUUAUCCCAUAAAAACAGCAGCAUCAUCGACGCGGGCUUCUUCUCGUCUAAUAUCGUCUGGCAUUUCUCGUUUAACCAACUGACUUUUCUCAGUGAACCCAAUGGCACCUUCAGCUGCGCUGUUGAUGACUGAUUUGACGCGCUUCUACCGGCAAUCCUCGAAGAACUGCGUUUAGCUCGUCCUCACCCGACAGCAGUGCCUCAAGGCUUUGCGCGAACUCAGUAGCGACUUCAGAUAGCUUGAGUCGUUCCAAAUUGCGAGGUGUCGCGACGAUGCCGAAUGUUGGUAACAACAGAAACUGUUUGGCGCACUUUAACAAUCAAAACGUAGUGGUUAGAAUCGACGAUAGAUUCUAACGUCGAUGAUAUCCGCGAAGUGCCUUCCAUCAAAUACAAUGCAGUCGAUUCGUGUUUCAGUCUGUUACGGUGAUAUCCAGAUCCCUACUAACUCAGUUGUUAUAAAGCAGUUGUGGUAACUGAUUUAGAACCAAUUUCUGUCGUAAAUAAGUUUCUUCAAUUAAAAGUACCAAAAGUGUGGUGUUGGCGGUGUACCGAUAUGGAAGGUCAUGCCGGAAGUAGGUACUUAUGGUCAAAAGUUAAUGCUUCAAUGGCAUUUUUUUCGUAAGCGGAUGUGUGCUGAACUUUCCAAUAACCGGUCUAAAUCUCUCGUCCUGGCCAACCUGAGCGUUGUUGUAUUCACGCCCAAAGUGCGCGUAAAAAGCAUCCUUUAUCGUCCUUAUCGCUUCCCAACUUUAACCAUUCCCAGGUUGAAACUUCAAAAAAGCAAAGCCUGGGUGCUAAUUCCGUUACCGAAACUUGACCUUCUGUUUUUAUACGACAGACUUCGCAACCAGCUGUUAGAAUACAGGACAGUGCGGGGUCAGUGCUAUGAUCCUAUUGACUCUAACAGCCUCUCCCAGCCGAGAUUCGAACAUACGACGACUAGCUUAUUAGACCAGCGUCUUACCUCGAGGCCAACUGGGAGGCCAACUUGAAACUUCAAACCCACAACAAAUUUUUGUUUCUCCACGAAAUAAACUAGUUUAUACUGCAAUGUUUAUACUGCACACUGCACAGAUACAGCGUAAAAAUUUUUUUUGUCCCCAAGUUAGGCGUCUCACCUUUAUUAUACCUUUACCCAUAUUUUUGACACAAUCGUUUAAACACAAAAUAUCAUAUAACGAAUCAGUCACCAAGUAAGGGCAUGUCCAUACCUGAUUGAGUUAUGAAAAGAACAAUAAACAAGAAUGUGCGCCAUAGAAUUUCAUUAUACUUUUGAGUAAUUCUCGUUGAAACAGGGCCACUACUGGCACGAGGUCUUCAAAUAUUGGAACUUUUGUACUUAAUUAGUUGAAAAUGGCUAAAAAAUGAAAGCUGCACUUUUAAUACCUUGAAACAGUGCAUCUCUCGCUCGCCAAGAGGCCUGACAGUUUCAAAGAAAGGCGAAUUUAAGUAAACCUUGAGAUCUAUAUCACGUGAUAUUUCCUAAAUUUACAACAAAGCAACUUACAAAAAGGCACGGUUCUAUGAAGAAGAAUGACAGGGCUUUCAAAUGGAGUAAAAAAUGUUUUGGCGGCCAACUUGGAUUUGGCUGCCGUGUUGGAUUUUGUCAAAAAAUCACCAUUUUCUCCAUGAGCCCCCCAACCGAUUUUUAUUUUAAGACCCCCGUUGGAAAUCUGAGAAAAAAUGCUACAAGAAACGCUCAUAAAAGUAGGUGUACAUUGGCAAUAACUAAAUGAAGCAUUCAGUUAUCUGCAGCAAGGUUCACAAUUUUCAUAUUGUGAUAUUUCCAAAAUUUGCUACGAACUAAACAACAAGUGAAAUGGUUUUGUAAAGAGGAAGUUGUAGGGAUUAUAGGAAACAAUUAGAAAUAUCGGGUACCUGACAUGCAAAUAAUGAGUUUGAGGCUGGAAAUUCCCCGUCUUAUUACAAGACACUUUAAGCGUGUACAAGAAAGUAAGCUCAUAACGUGGCGAAAAUAGUAUGAUCAUCUAUAACCGACGAAAAGGCACACGAAAGGCAAAUAUUAUUGACGCGACAGAGCACAAGGCUUUGUGAGUAGAGAGAAAAAGAGAUAGAUAUAAACGACUGGUGAGAACGAAAUACGGAAAAGCAUUUUGUUGGAUAUACUUGACGAAGAAAGUCGUGUUUAUGACUGAAAUAGUUGGAAGGAAAGUACUACAGUCUGAUCUUUGAGCCAUUUUCUGGCCGUAAGAAGCGAUUUUUGGCAAUUUUCUGAGCUUCGGAAACAUUUUUUGAUCAUUGUCUGGCCUCUGGAAGGGCCUUUAGACUAUUUUCUAGCCUUCAGAGGCGUUUUUAGAUCAUCUUCUGUCUUUGACAAGUUCUUUUCGGCCAUUUCCCUGCCUUUGGAGGCAUUUUCUGCCAUUUUCUAUCGCUUAGAAGCAUUUUUUGGCCAUUUUCUGGCAAGUGCUUUACGGCUAAUUUUCAGGCUUUCAUAAGCGUUUAUUGGCCUUUUUCUGUCUUCCAGAAGCGGUUUUCGACCAUUUUCUGACUAACAGAGAAGUUUUUUGACCGUUAUAUGCACUUUAAAUGCAUGUCUAGGCCACUUUCUGGCCAGUAGAAACUUUUUGGCCAUUUUUUGGGCUUCAAAAGUUUUUAACAACCAUUUUCUGGCCUUUAGAAGCGUCUUUCGGCCAUUUUCUGGUCCCAGAAAUGAUCUCUGUCCACUCUCCACACUUUAGAAGCGUCCUUAGAUAGAUUAUUUUCUAGUCUUCAGAAGCGUGUUUUUCGCAUCUGGAACCUUAUUAAGAAUCAUUUUAUUUUGGCCUCUGCUUGCCUUUAAAGUAUUUUUCGGUCAUUCUCCUAGCCUGAUCUUUGAGCCAUUUUCUGGCCGCAAGAAGCGAUUUUUUGGCAACUUUCUGAGCUUCGGAAACAUUUUUUGAUCAUAAUCGGGCCUCUGGAAGCGUUUUUAGACUAUUUCCUAGCCUUCAGAGGCGUUUUAGACCAUCUUCUGUUGUUGACGGCCAUUUCCCUGCCUUUGGAGGUAUUUUUCGCCAUUCUCUAUCGCUUAGAAGCAUUUUUGGUCAUUUUCUGGCAUUGAGAAGUGUUUUACGGGUAACUUUAAGGUUUUCAUAAGCGUUUAUUGGCCCUUUUCUGUCUUUCAGAAGCAUUUUACGACCAUUUUUCGACUUUCGGAAACGUUUUUUUGGCCGUUUUUUGCUCUUUCGAUACCACUUGCUGGCCUUUAGAAGCUUUUCGGCCAUUUUCUGAUUUCCAAAAGUGUUUAACGAUCAUUUUCUGGCCUUUAGAUGCGGGUUUCGGUCAUUUUCUCUGCCUGAAGAGUGAUUUUCGGCCAUUUUCUUUUCUUUGGCAGUGACAUUUCGAAUAAAGUGAAAACAAAUUGGCGGCCAUUUUUCUUUAUAUAUUUGGCCGUUGAUCGUUCCGGUCUUUAUGUACCCACAAGUCGCCUGCCACACCAAGUACUUCUAGGCAAAUUUGUCAACUUUGUUCUUCCGGAACUUCUCCGCAACAUCCAGGCGGGACUAGCCGACGAAAAACUCCAGACCAGAGAUAUGCUAGGCGUCUGUUAUAAUAUACACUGAGCAAAAAAAUUGACUACCAAAAAACAGGUCAUACUGUAAGGAUAAUUUUUUUGCUCAGUGUACGUCUCGUCGUCCAUUACAGUGCAUUUCGGCUGCACCAACCAUUCGCGCUACAACUUGCUGGCGCAGGAUUUGGUCACCAUAUUAUACCUUGAAGACGUGAAGCCAUUGUCUGCCGGACGAUCCAGAUGGAAGAAUUAACUUUCUUGACCAUGUCCCGAAUCGAGAGGUUCAGAUUGUACUUGAAGUAAUCCCUCAUUUUCGUUGCCUUCACGGGGUCGGUAGUCUGCAUCUUUCUUCCGCUGCUAGCUUGCCGCUGGGUCGUCUGGGCCCCCUUAAACGAUCGAAUGGUCGAUUCUUGUGGGAUUAGAAGCCAUCUGGAUAACCACUUCACCUUUGGUGAGGUAUAAAACUGCGAUUCCGGCAGAGUUUUAAAGGCGAAUUUUGCGUAGAUUUUGUCAUCCAUGAUGACACACCCGGAUCCUAUGAUUAGUGGUUUGUCGUACAGCUUGAGUGCCCUUGGUUUCAUGGAUUCAACCUGUUUGGUGUUGCGUUUUGGUUGCUUCUGCUUCCGCGACGGAUCUGCAGGUCCCUCUUUGACACGCUUUGCUUUUCGCCACAUUUCGUACUGAUGCCGAAGGAUGUACACUGUACACUGUACAUUUGUGCACAAUCCGUUUUCGUUGCUCCAAAGAAAUGCCCCGCAUAUUCCAACUUGCGCGAAAUACCGAAAUAAAUUAAUUUGAAUAAAAACCACAGGAUCCAGUUGAAAUUUGGUUGAAUACUGCACGAUAUUUGAAAUGACGAUUACUUUGUAGGCUAUUUACAAUUAUCGAAACAGUCUAAAACAAUUCGAUGCAAAAACGAUACGAUUUUUUGAUUGUAGCAUUCGCAGUGCAUUUCAGGUGCAAAAUCGCCUGUUGACACCUCUUGGCUUCGGUUCGUGUGGUACCCACCCUUCGAACGGAACCUAACACUAUGGAAAACGCUAGGAAAGAUUGUCUGUUUCACGCCUAGUGCUUCCCCACGAGCGUAUCUUGUAUUUGGUACGAGUCGUCACUAAUCUCAAAUUUUUCAAGGUUUCCGACCUACAAUGUGAAAGAGAUUUUUUCUAUGGCAAAAACAAUUCGGUAUUUAAUGCACUUUUUCUGUUUGAUGUAGGUUAUGGUUAUUUAUUGUCCUGACCAUUCCGAAUCAAAUAAACUGAAAGCAAAAGCAAAAACUAAAAUUGGCACUACUUAAGACAAUUGAGGAAUAAAAAAAUUGUUGAAUAACUAUUGCCAACAAGUCGAAACUAUAUAAAUCCUAGAACCAGUAGAAAAAUAUUGCAUUGAGUAGGGGUGGCAUGUUACCUAAAUUUCAAUGUUGCCCGGGAGACAGUGGAGACGCAUGGUGUUUUCCUCCCAAACAAAGUACCAUUCUCGCACACACCAGAUACCUAAUUUGCAGAAACUACAAUUCUACUUUAUUAACAGGAAUUCUCUCUGUUCGUGCUAGCUAGGCAUCUAAUUAACCGGGAAUUGUUUCUACAGAAGUAAACAACACGCUACGUUUGCAAUUGAUCUCAAUCCGGGUCGGUUUCCUCGAAGCCAAAAAUUACCGUGUAUUGUUAUGCUUGAAGUGUAUCAAAGCAUCAAUUAUGUACAUCUAGCUCGAGCAAAGUGCCAGCCGACGCAUCAGUGCAGUGCAGUGUGUGAACAGUUGUAAACAAAUCGCCGCGCUCAGCCGGCAGGCAGAACCUGUGGCAGACUGCUAAUUCGUCCCGCGGGAUGACUCAAGGGGCAUUUGGUUGAUUUUUCCCGCAACAAACUGUUGCCAACUAGCUACCUAACUCCAAACGAAACGGCGAAUCGUUCGCAGUUCAAAGUCCAUUUCACCACUUCCGACAGGUUUAUUUGCCGCCGCUGUCUGGCGCUGCGCUCUGGGAGAGUCUCGGUAAACACGAAGCCGACACUCGCCAACAGGUGUUUUGUGUUACUGGGUGCUGCUCCAAAUUCAACGUAUUCAACGUAGUAGGUUGGGGAGUAAUAAAUUGCACGCUAAUGGCAAAUAGACAGCAUUUUCGGCACAUGUUGCUGGGAUUGACGAUACCUACCGAUCGAGUAGCUUUUUUCGCAGCUCAAUUCAGAACUGUCAUGAUUAAUGUUUGUAAUUUGCUGUGUGUCGGUGUCAGUUGGUAUUGUACAAAACCGUGACCGUUUCCGUUUUCAGUGGGAAAAACUCUAGGUCACGCUUUCCGUUGAACGAAAAAGUAGGUGCUGCCGGACCUGCCAUAAUUCACGGCUUGUUAAUGUUAGAGUUCUGAGAGAUGUACUGUAGUUUUCUCUCUAUUCUUUGCUUUGCUUAUUUGACCACUGUUUCUUCAACGUCUAAUACGGUACGCUGCCUGAAAUCUAUCUUUUGACUAUUUGCUGAUCUUUUGCUGUGGGAUAAUUCAAAUUUUUAAUGUUAUUAAACUAUUAACGGUGACUAAGAUUGUUAAUCAAAAUUAUUUAUCGUAAAGAUGAAUUGAAUAUUUUUGAAACUGAAACAUAAGAAUCGAUAGGUUGCUUGUCAAACUGCACCAAACUCAUUAACGAAUGUUACUUACGUGAAAGUAAGAAUCAUACAAAAAGUAUUAUUACCUGACGAAAAUAGCACAAUUUUUAUUUUGUUCUAUGCGCCUAGCAAUUAUGGAAAAUUGUAUCACUGUGUAUAAUGUUAGCAGAAAAAAUAAACAGGAAAAAAGUAGCAUAGAAAAUCAGAAUUACAAUAUAGGCCAAUAAAGGAAAACUACCACUGAACCGAACGAAAACAUCCUAGCUCUCUUAAAUUUGUAAACUAAAAUACCAGACCAUACAUCAUUAAAUGCAUUAAAUCGAACAAAUAUACAUCGCACAUACAGAAAAGUAUUACACGAAUCACUGCAGCGGAUUUACAGAAGAAAAAAAACAAGUCUGCUUCAACGGCAAACAACGAACUCAAAACAAAUUCAAAGCGUGAGCAACCUUCACAUUCCAUUUAAUUUCUUGCAGUCAUAUGUAUACAAUUAAAAGUUUAGGAUAACACAAUUGUGAGAACGAAAAAUAACUCAAAUUUUCUGCGGACAAUAAAAAAUCGUAAAAUUUAAGACAAAUAAACCGAUACCAGUAAACAAAAACAACGAGAUAUAACGAACUCCCAGUGAUCUUCCGUAGCGAUCAAAAAGAAUAUAAUUCAAGUUCAACACAAAAAAAAUACAACAACAACCCAGCCAAAUUCUUCCUCUCAAUGUAAACCGGCAUAAGUUUCUAUUAACCAUUACAGACAAAAAAAAUCAAUCGCACAAUCAAUGUAAAUUGCCAGUUAAUGUUUAUCAGCCCUCGUCGUCGUAAUUUUAUUAGAAUAGAACCAGCAAUCAUCACACAAACACACCCACACAAACACAUACACACUUACUCAUUCGCACCUACACAGAGGCGUACACGCGAUGCUUCAGCUUAGCCAAACAGUUUAUUUAAAAAAAACUAGAAAACGAAAACAACAGAAAAGUAAAAUAUGUAACAAACUACAAUAUUGAAUCCCCCGAAAAGAAGAAUACUUAUCUUUAAAUGAAUCCAUUAUUUGCUUUCCGGAACUCCAUCGGGUAGCGAAGCAAGUGACGAUUCGAGCAACGUAAAAAUGAUCUCUUGAUAUAAAACAAUGUAAUAUUUUUAGUGAAUGCCUACAAAACUCUAGUAAUUUAAGAAAUGAUGAGAGACGAAAUGAGAACGGAAAAAGAGUGUCAGGUCAGAACAACCGAACUGGAUGAUGAAGAAGAAGAAGAAUACGUUUACUUAAGACUUUGCUGUUUCAGUGUUUGUUGUAAUUGAUAAAAACAAAAUAAACCAGGUAUUUAAAAACAAAAGCAAAACACACUCUCACGCAUACUAUCCACUAGCAGACGGGGAAAACCGGGAAAAGGGAAAACAACAAGUGAAAAAAAACUGGAAAAAGGGCGGAAGAAAGGAAACUACCGUGCUCUAGAAUUUAUUAGUAAACGCGAUUGCAUUGUUCCUAUGUUAUGUUUGUGCGCUAAGGAUAUGAAAAAAAAGUAAUUGCAAUUUGAGUGAAUGGAAAACUGAAAGAAGCUGCAUUGAAAAUAAAAAUAGUUGAUGAGCAGUGAAUAAUAAAAAAAACACGAGUAGUAUUUAUAACCCGAACAGCGCUUUUCACUGCAGUCGGUAAUAUCACAUCCAGAG